GUAGCGACUCCUCAUUUGUUACCAUACUUGGAGUGGAGAUCGUCUAGGUUGAAGGAGUCAGGUUCAGUGUUGGUAAGACUUGGCAUGAUUUUGAAGCAGGCUAGGAGAUUUCUGAAAAGUGUGGGAUCUUUGUGGGGACUUAUUGAAUGUUUAGGAAAAGUUAAUGGGUACCAGAAAAGUGAAUUUUCUGGGGCAACCCAAUAG